CUGACAAAGUUGAUUCAACCGACAGUAAUAAUCUAUGGUAUAUAGACGUCUAACAUAUGUACCCUCUCUCUUUACUCUCUCUAUAUAUUAUCCGCUUAGUGUAGAGUUGGACACCCAUCACCAACUUAGUUCACUAUAUACUGAACAAGAAUCAAACCCCCGUCACUCGAGCUUACAACUUUGUCCAUGGCAGGAAGCACUUUUUGGCUUGUUCUUCUAAUUGGCUUUUUUGGCUUUCUUUUGGGUCUAAUUCUAAACCACUUCUUGCCCUUAACGUUGUUAAGGCUUAAUGGUACUGCUCCACCUAGGGGCUCUUUUGGGUGGCCUCUGUUGGGAGAAACUCUUAGCUUCUUGAAGCCUCAUCCUUCUAAUUCUCUUGGUGCCUUCCUUAAACACCAUUGUUCUAGGUAUGGGAAAGUGUUCAAAUCCCAUUUGUUCUUGUCUCCCACAAUUGUGUCAUGUGAUCAAGAGCUGAACUACUUCAUACUUCAGAAUGAAGGUAAGUUAUUUGAAUGCAGCUAUCCAAAGCCUAUCCUUGGCAUCCUUGGAAAAUCCUCCAUGCUUGUGGCUGUGGGUGACACUCACAAAAGGCUCAGAAAUGUGGCUGUCUCCUUGGUCACCAUCACCAAGACCAAGCCUGAGUUUCUUAGUGACAUUGAAGCCACAGCCAUUGGCAUACUUCACUCUUGGAAAGAUAAAUCACAAGUCAUCUUCUGUGAGGAAGCCAGAAAGUUCACAUUUAAUGUAAUAGUGAAGCAAGUGCUAGGUUUAACCCCAGAUGAGCCACAGACUACACAAAUUCUUGAAGAUUUCCUGACUUUCAUGAGAGGGCUCAUUUCUCUUCCUCUCUAUAUUCCUGGAACUCCAUAUGCUAGAGCUGUUAAGAAAGAGGAUAUCUUCAACUGUGAAAGUAAUCAUAGAGGAAAGAAGAAGAAAUGCAGAUGGGAGCACUAA